AUGCCUGACGAAAAGGAAAAGUCUUUCUCAAUAUCUCGGUAUCUGCGUCCUGAACGUUUUGACGUAGAACCCGCAAUGGCCGGCUCAGACUUGAAAUGGAUACAUUGGAAGUACUCAUUUGAAAAUUUUAUCGCACAGGAAGCCGCUUCGGCUGACGAUGCCCUUAAGUACAAACUCCUUGUAAACCAUAUCUCGCCAUCAAUAUUUAACUUCAUUCAAGCUUGCACCACGUACGUCGAUGCCAUGACCACUCUCAGUACCACCUAUGAAAAACAAAAAAAUAUUAUCUUGGCUCGGCAUCGCCUCGCUACUAGAAAGCAACAGCCUGGCGAAACGUUAGCAGAGUAUUCGAGAUCUCUUGCCAUACUUGCUCGUGAAUGUCACUUCAAAGCUGUUACUGCUAAUGAACACCAAAUCGAAACCGUACGUAGUACGUUCAUUGCCGGAAUAUUGUCUCAGAAAAUAAGAGAAAGGUUGCUAGAAAAAUCUACUAUGUCUCUGGAAGAAACAUUGAAUCUGGCUACAUCUUUAGAAACUGCUGAAAAUACUUCACGACUACUAACAGUAUCAUCUCCAUCUACGUCUGCUGUUCCUGUUAACACGAUCUCUGAAACUCAAGCAUCGCAACCACAGCUCAACUUGGCAGCAUCAAAACCUCAAAAUUUUCAUCACAGUCGCCCUACGCAAAGUGACCGCCGAUGCUUUUUCUGCGGUGGCAAUGUUCAUAAAAGAAUCAAGUGCCCCGCUAAUGAUGCCCAAUGUCAACUUUGCUCCAAAAAAGGACAUUUUGCAACUGUUUGCCGUAGUUCAAGACCAGGUCAACGUACCGUAAAUGUUAUUACCAUGGACGAUGACGACGUUACUCAACCUCAAGUUACUGAUUCUCAUUUGUCAAUGAUAUCCGCUGCUGCGCCAUCAAGCCUACGUAAAGCUACCAUUCCAAUUACCUUGAACAACUAUCAAGCAGAUGCGCUACUUGACACCGGAAGUUCAAUCAGCUUUAUCGAUAAGAAUACUGCUCUAACCAUGAACCUUAAACGAAAGCCCUGUCGACAAGCGAUAACUUUAGCAUCUCUUAACAAUAUAUCAUAUGUUGAGGGACUAUGCUACGCUACAAUUCAGAUUGGUGAACAUAUAUACCAGCAUCAACCUCUGCUCAUUGUUGGCGAUCUCGUUAGCAGUAAGCAGCUGAUAUUGUUUGUUUGCUUACGUCGACAAUUGGCGCAGCAAAUUAAUUUUAAAUACAGAUAUAUAAAUUACAAUACAUUUAAAAUGAGUGAAGAGAAAAGUGUUAUUCUCAUAACAGGAGGGUCUGGUCUUGUUGGGCAAGCUAUAAAAACAGUUAUUGAUGAAGAAAGAAAACAUAGUGGGGACAGUAUUUCAAAUGAAACUUGGAUUUUUUGUGGCUCUAAAGAUGGUGAUCUUAGAGAUAAAUUACAGACUGAAGCUUUAUUUGCAAAGCACAAACCUACUCAUGUGAUACACUUAGCAGCAAUGGUUGGUGGCUUGUUCCAUAACAUGGGACAUAAUUUGGACUUUUUUAGAGAGAAUAUGGCAAUUAAUGAAAAUGUAUUGAACAUCAGCUAUAAUACCAAAGUCAAGAAGGUGGUGUCUUGUCUGUCAACAUGCAUAUUUCCAGAUAAGAUCACAUAUCCUAUUGAUGAAACCAUGGUGCACAAUGGACCUCCUCACUCUUCUAAUUAUGGUUAUAGUUACGCAAAAAGAAUGGUUGAUAUCCUGAACAGAGGUUACCACGAGCAACAUGGCUGCACGUUCACGUCGGUGAUUCCCUGCAACGUGUUCGGGCCCCACGACAACUACUCCCUGCAUUCCAGCCACGUCAUACCCGCCUUGAUCCGGCGGAUGGAUGACGCCAUACAAAAUGGUGAGGCAACAUUCUCAGUGUGGGGCAGCGGCAAACCCCUACGACAGUUCAUAUACUCACUGGACUUGGCUAAAUUGAUGAUAUGGACACUCCGACACUACAACAGUGUGGAACCUAUUAUAUUGUCAGUGGAUGAAGAAGACGAAGUAUCAAUUAGUGAUGUAGCUGAAGCUAUCAAGAAAGCUCAUAACUUCUCCGGACAGAUCCUAUAUGAUACAACAAAAGCAGACGGACAGUACAAAAAGACUGCAUCGAAUAGAAAGUUACGGUCUUUAUAUAAGGAUUUUACUUUCACACCCUUUGAAACAGCCAUUCAGGAAUCUGUAACGUGGUACAAGGAGAAUAGACAGAGUGCCAGAAAU